AUCUGAUGAACGAGACGCUGUUUCUCACAGUGAAUCUGAUAGAUAUAUUCUUGUCUAAGAAAGCUGUUAUGAGAAAGAAGCUUCAGCUAGUAGGUUUAGAUUAAUCUUGGAGAUGACAUGUUAUAUGCUUGCGUAUGGAGCUGCUGCACCUUCCAUCCUUCUUCUCAUGAAGUUCAAACUACCUCACUUUUUGCUUCCUUUUCAGGCAGCUUACCUGGAUCAAGCUAGUAAAACAUCUCCACCAAGUUCCUCAAUGCUAGUAAGGUUAUUCUCCAAUAUGGAUAAGUUGGUUUCCUGCGAUCAGCCUGCUGACUCAAGACUAUGGAUUGCAGUGUUGGCUUUUCACACUGCACUAGUGCGUAGCCCUCAGGAGGCUAUUGUACUGCACGCUUUUGCCUCCCUGCUCUACCAUAGAAACUGGAGCAGAGCUGUCAAAUUUGCUAGAGAACAUGAAAACUCAGUACUAGGAUACGCCUCUGAGAUAUCUAAAUCUUCGAGUAAGAGAUCCGAUAAAGAUCUUGCAGAAGCAGUUUCAGAGUUCGCAUAUCUAGUUAGAAAAACUUUAAUUGUUCUGACUGAAAUGGAGGCUCUCCGCGAAGCCCUACACCUAUACCCAGACUUCAAAUGCUCAGGUCUGGUGUUUAUACCGAAGACAAAGAGGAAAGAUGUAGCAGAUUGGUUUGCGAGAUUGAGUGAUGUGGAAUCAUAUGAAAGCAAAAAAGAAGGAUUCUCUAUUGACUAUAUCUCACUUGGGAAGGGAAGUCCAUGCGAAAUAGGAUUUGUUCUUGGCAAAAUCAUUAUGGACACCAUCAUCGAACAGCCAAAUUCAGUCGAGAAGAAACAGAGCUCCAGAGAUCAAAUAGUUCCAGCGGCUUGUAUGGAGAAUAUGGCUGAGUUGGUAGUUUCUAAACAAUCAAAGGAGGAUUGCAACGGUCAAGCUCUAGUCCAUGGCUCUAAAGCAUCAUCUGUUUUUAAGGAUCACCAAAGAAAUUUGAAGAGGAUGAGAGAAGACUGUGAGCACAAGAAUGACCAAGAGACACAGAUGUGUCCAGACUCAACACUCUCUGGUCAAGCAAAGAAUCAAGAUAAGUCUGUAGUAGUCCAAAAACCUAAGCGACGUCGCAAAGAAGCACUAGCCUUAAAGGAUCCGAAGCAAAAGACUUCAAAGAGGUCAAAAUCAGCUGAGCAAGAGAGUGUGGAAAGUCUCUCAGGUCCAGCAAAUAAUGAGCAUCAAACCGGAGUCCAAAAGAAUAACAAGCGUGGCACUAAAUCACCAGUCUCUGAUCCUCCUAAGCAAAAGACUUCGAAGAACCGUUUGAAGGAGACACAGAAAUUGAAACGCAAUGACAUGCCUAUAAAGGAGAUUCAAGAUGCCAAACGCGGCUUCGUUUCCGACAAAUCUAUGAGCGAUCUUCUAAAAGUUCUUGUAAAAAUAAGUCAGCAAGCGUCUAGUAAAGAAGAGAGCGACUCAUUAUCAUCAGAGAAGACAAAGAGACCAAGAAAACUCUCAAGUCUCUUCAGGUGAAGCGGUUACCCUACAAAUUACUCGGGGGGCUUAAAGCCAAGAUGGGGACCUUCUGAUUCAGUCGCAGUCUCACUCCACAAUUUCUACUUGUUUGGUACAAUGUAUUAACUUGACCAAUUGUUUCAUCUUGUUCAUCGACAUAGAUGAUAAUUUUGUUUUUCUUUCUCCGGAGUAAUAUGUA